GCUCCGCGGGAUCGUGGGCGCGCGGAGCGGAGCGGGCUGUCUGCAGUCGCGAAGCGGGUGUGCUGCUCGGCCGGUGAGCCGGGGUGCGGGGACGCUCCAGAGCUUGGGAAGGGCAGCGAACCGUGAAACCCCAGCACUGCUCGUCGUCAACGUGUCGCGCGCGGAUGCCGCGCAGUUGACUCAGACCCAAGCUGCGAAAAGGCCCGAGCGCCACUGCCUUCGAGCGAGGUGUAGCCUCUCGGUUAGGGAGGGGGAACCCGGAUAGAGCGGUGACAUCAUUUGUCUCAGCGCAAGGGAAGGAAUUGGGAUUCACACCCAGAUCCUUUGCGGUUCCAAAUCCCGGGCUGUUUUAAGCAUAAUAGUGCCUAAAACAAAUAAUUGACCUCUUCCUCUCUUUGUGCUUAGUGAUACCUGCAGGUGUUUUGGACUGUGUUUCUAUCCAAAAGUUCCUUCUCUCUUUUCUAAACACUUUACAGUGAUUUUUGCAAGUUUUAGAAUCUGAUGGCAUAAUCGAGGCUUCUGGAUACUUUCUUGACCCUAAUGUUUUUUGCUCAGCAUCUCCAGGAGACUUGAGAGGGUGGGGUGGCUCAGUGAAUACCUGGAGCCUCCAGCCGCCUGCUGAGGCUUAUGAAUCCAAGGUGGGGGAUGUUCCUCCACUGACAGAAAAAAGACCACACCCCAGAUUUUGGUACUGUAUCUUCCCCCUGGUUCCUGAGACUGAGGACCCAGAGGAGCAGGAGUUGGGUAUUAGAGGAGGCCAGUACAGCCGUGGCUCCCUCCUCCUGCCGUCUGAGGUUCCAGCAGUUUCCUCAUCAGAAGUGGACAGGUACAGUCAUGACUUUGCCUCGUUGCUGAGGCAGAGUCCCUUGGAAAGGAGUACAGAAGUCAUCAUGCCGCAGCAGCUCCUGAUUACCCUGCCCACCAAGGCCAGCACCUGGGUAAAGUUGCACCAUCGGAGGAAGGCCAAAGAGGGGGCGCCCCUGUGGGAGGAUGUGACUAAAAUAUUCGAAGGAAAAGCUCUGCCACCUCUGCAUGCUGAUGAGCUUCAGGGAGAAAGUUUCAAGGAUGAAGUGACUCCUGGGCUCCUGACAGCAGGAUCCCAGGAACUGUUAACCUUCAAAGAUGUAUGCUGUGGACUUCACUCAGGAGGAGUGGGGACAACUGGCUCCUGCUCACCGGAAUCUUACCGGGAGGUGAUGCGGGAGAACUAUGGGAACCUGGUCUCAGUGGCAGAUAUCAGCUUUGUAAACCUGGUGUGA